AUGGGGGUAUAUAAACUUACCAAAGUCCUCAAGCGAGCGCUGCUUUUGGCUGCCCUUGGGCGAUUUGCCGUGCAUGAGGUUGUCAAAGCCAGCACUGUCCUGGAGAAGGUAGUAGACACCGGCGCAGACGCAGAAGACACCGAAGGAGAAGAUCCAGAUACGGACAACGGCAACAAUGGAGGUGUUGCUGUGCUCGAACCAACCCCAAAUGGUGAAGCAGGUGGCGAGGAUGUCGACGACGAAGAUGGCACCGGCCAACUGCCACGAAGGGAUGGAAGACCAGAAGGGUCCGUUGGCACGGGUGAUGAAGAUGAGCCAGUUCUCAGUGAGGGAGAUCUGGAGGAAGACAACCUCGUCGAGGUUACCGAAGUUCUGGACGAUACCGCCGUUGGGGCCGUGGGCGUACAUGGUGGUGACAGUGAUCCAGGUACCGACAGCGAGGACGAUACCGAGGAGGACGGACAUACCCCAAAGCUUGGGCAGGUUCCACUUGACAGGGCUCUUGGAGAAGGGGGCGUUGUCGUAGGCAAUAGCCAGGGUGGCGAUAUCGGCGAAAAUGGCAAUGAAGACGACAAGCUCAAUGUUCAGAGAACGGUUGAGGAUGGCAAUCCACAAACCAAGGAAGAUCUCCAAGUGGAUGGACAGAGCGAUACGGUAGACGACGUAGGCGUACAUGCGGUGGAAAAUCUGGCGGGAAGUCUUCAGGGCGUCAAUGAUGGCACCAAGACCGGGGGCAAGGAAGACAAUGUCGGCAGCGGAGCGAGCGGCGUCGGAGGCACCCUCAACGGCGAUACCAGUGUCAGCCUUCUUCAGGGAGGGGGCAUCGUUGACACCGUCACCAGUCAUGGCAACGAGGUAGCCACGCUGCUGAAGAAUCUCAACGACGUUGUACUUGUGCUGGGGAAAGACCUCGGCGAAACCAUCAGCAGCCUCAACGAAGUCGUAGACCUCAGAGCCGGGCAUGUCACCACCACCACCGAGACCGAGACGCUCAGCGUUGUAAAUGUUGGUGCCGAGACCGAGCUGGCGGGAAGUCUCACGAGCGAUACCGACGGCAUCACCAGUCAACAUCUUGAUGGACAGACCGAGAGACUUGGCCUCGUUGACGGUGCGGGCGGUGUCGUGACGGGGGGGGUCAGAGCAGGGCAUGAUUCCGAGAAUCUCCCAGGCACCGUCGUCACCACGCUUGCGGGCAACACCGAGAGAGCGGAAACCACGGGUGGCGAACUCAGCAACCUUGUUCUUGUAGGCCUGGUCAAUCUCGUCGGGGAUGGGGUGGUCCUGCUCGACGGUCUUGAGGACGAAGAGAGGGGCACCCUUGACACAGGUGAUGCGCUCACCGGCGGGGGACUGGACGAGGGCAGUGACCUUCUUGGAGACAGGGUCGAAGGGGAAGAACUCGAUGACCUGGUACUUGGAGAGGACAGACUUGGCGCGGGGGUAGUAGCGCAGAGACUUCAAGAAAGCCUUGUCGAUGGCAUCCAUACCCUUCUUCUUGCGGGAAGCAGCCAAGCAGGCAGUAAGCAUGAGGUCCUCGGGGUCGACACCGGCGACGGUAAUCUCGACACCAGCAAGGGACUCAAUAGCGGAAAGCUUCUGGACAAUGGCCUUCUUCUUGGCAAGGUAGGCAGCACCGACAGCCAUGGUGGUGGUGACGACGGCGGGAAGACCGACGGGAACACCAAUAAUGGUAAUGGCAAGGGUGAAGCGGAGAAUGUCGACAAUGCCGUUGGAGCGGGUGAAAAUGACGAGGACCAAGAGAAUGGUACCAAUGCCGUUCAGGACCUCGGUGAAGUGACCAGAGCCGGCGGAGGCAGCGUUGACGAGAGCGGCAGCGCGACCGACGAAGGUGUUGUCACCAGUGGCGGUAACGAUAACGAAAGCCUCACCACGCUUGACGGCGGAAGAGGCGUAGCAGUUGUCGUUGCGGUGCUUGUCGACGGCCAGAGACUCACCAGUGAUGGCGGACUGGUCGACCUGGAGGAAAGCAUCCUCGGUGACGAUGCGGCCAUCGGCAGGGAUAAUGGUACCCUCCUCAACCUGGAGGAUAUCACCGGGGACAACUUCGGGGGCCUCAAUCUCCUUCAGAGUGCCGUCACGGAGGACGACAGCCUUGAGGGCGAGAGUCUUCUUGAGUUCGGCAACAAUCUAGAGUGGGGCGCACAAUGUGGGGCGGUGUUGACUUACAGAUCCGGCCUGGAAUUCCUGAACAAAACCAACGGCAGCGUUAAGCAGCAGAAGACCGCAAAUAACACCAAAAUCGACCCAGUCCUCAAGACCAGCGGCAAGGACGGCGGCAGCCUCCAUGACGAACUGGAUGGGACCAACGAAGAACAUGAAGAACUUAAGGAUGAGGUUCUCCUUCUGCUCAGCCAUCUCGUUGCGACCCCACUUGCGGCGGCGGUUGAUAACCUCCUGCUCAGUGAGACCAAGACGGGUGUCAGUCUGGAGCUGCUCCUCAGGGACGACGCGGCCCAUGCCGGGAGUACCAUCCUCUAUGAAAGCUGUUAG